AUGAGCACCUCCACCACCAUGAGCUCCACAACUGAGCCUAAGAAGCUCCACAUAGCAUUGUUUCCAUGGCUGGCCUUUGGUCACAUAAUUCCCUUUUUUGAGGUUGCCAAGCACGUAGCUCGAAGAGGUCACAAAGUUUCCUUCAUAUCCACCCCACGAAACAUCCAACGCCUCCCCAAAAUCCCUCAACACUUAACCCCUUUGAUCAAUUUAGUGCAGAUCCCGCUGCCACGUGUCGAAAAUCUGCCGGAGAAUGCAGAGGCCACUAUGGACGUGCCAUACCACAUAAUCCCAUACCUCAAAAUAGCUCAUGAUGGACUCGAACAAGGUAUUUCCAAUUUCCUACAAACUCACAAGCCGGAUUGGAUUAUUCACGACUUUGCUCCUCACUGGCUACCACCUAUAGCUUCUAGCCUAGGCAUUUCACGAGCACAUUUCAGUAUUUUCAACGCAUCCACUCUAUGUUUCAUUGGACCAACAUCACCGGAGGGACUAGAUCGCUAUGGUCUUAGAACACUACCAGAGCACUUCACUGUCCCUCCCGAAUGGAUCCCUUUCCCUUCAAAUUUGGUUUUUAGGUCUUUUGAGGCCAAGAAACUGUUUGACGCUACGAAACAAAACUCUUCCGGUGUUUCGGAUUUGUUUCGUGUGCAGUCGACGGUCCAAGGUUGUCAAGUCUAUUUGAUUCGAAGUUGUAGAGAGAUUGAGGGUGAGUGGCUCGAUUUGCUACAAGAGCUUCAACAAAAACCUGUGGUUCCAGUAGGCUUAUUGCCACCUUUGGUUCAAACUAUAAAAGACAAAGAAGAUUGGUCUAGAAUUUAUCAGUGGUUGGACAAACAAGAGAAUGGAACUGUAGUUUACAUUGCCCUUGGAAGUGAGCUUAACUUAAGCCAAGAAGACUUCACCGAGUUGGCUCUUGGAUUGGAGCUAUCUGGGUUGCCCUUCUUUUGGGUCCUGAGGACACCUAGUUGGUCAGGAGACAGUGACUCGGUGAAGCUACCAGAUGGGUUCGAGGAGCGAACCAAGGGUCGUGGACUAGUUUGGACAACUUGGGCACCUCAAACCAAGAUAUUGGCUCACGACUCAAUUGGGGGGUUUUUGACUCAUUGCGGUUGGAGUUCACUCAUAGAGGCACUCCAAUAUGGACGUCCUCUUAUCAUGUUGCCCUUCUUGUAUGACCAAGGGCUAAUUGCUAGGUUUUGGGACAAGAAGAUUGGAAUUGAAGUUCCAAGAAAUGAAGAAGAUGGAUCAUUUACCAGGAAAUGGUUGGCCGAGUCUCUGAAUUUGGUUGUGGUGGAUGAGGAAGGGAAGGCUUACAGAGAUGGAGCCAAAGAACAUAGUGAGGUAUUCAAAGAUAAGGAUCUCCAUGAUAGAUACAUGGACAAAUGUGUGGAGUACUUGGAAAACCAUGCACAACUUUGA